GUUCUAUGAUGACAGUUAGGGUCCUCACCAAUCUGAUUACAGGGGAAGGCCAGUUCAGAAACAGAUUUACAGUUGAAGAUGGAAAAUCUGAAAAAUCUUGAUGGCAGUGAAAUUACUCAAUCAUCUGAUACUGUUAAACAUAUUAAGCCAAGGUGUAAUCCUCACUUAUCAACAAGACUAAGUCCAAGACCUAUGAAUAUUCUAAAUAAAGAAGGGAAAGGAUUUCAAAAGAAACAUCCUGAAUGGAAGGCUCCCACUGACUUGAGAGAGUCUAAGUCAGUAGAAGUAUCAUCAGUGACUUAUGGACAAGAAUUCUCAGCAGAGGCAGAUUUGAAAAUGAAAACCCAGGAUUUUCAGGAAUAUCUUGAAGACAAUGAAAGUAUCCAAUCAUAUAAUUCUGUUACAUGUCUUCAACCAAGGCCUAGUCCUUAUUUGUCAUUAGGACUAACUCAAAGGCCCAAGAAUCUUCUAAAUGAGGGAAGGAAAGAGGCCGAAUUACAAAAGAAAUCAGUGAAAAGUCAAAACAAUCUUGAGAACAAUAAAGAUACUCAACUAUCUGAUAACAUUAUGGAUCUUCAACCCAGGGAUAUUCCUCAUUCAUCAAUGGGACUAAGUCCAAGAUUCACAGAUCUUAAUUCAGGAGAAGAAACAGACUUACAGAUGAAAUCAGAGGGAAAUAUUGAUGGCAAUGGAAGCAUUCAAUCAUCUGAUAGCGUGAAGCAUCUUCAACCAAGGCGAAUCCAUCAUUUAUUGAUGGGGCUAAUUCCAAGACCCAUGAAUAUUAUAAGAAGACGAGGGAAAGCAUCUCACAAGAAAUAUCUUUCACAAAAGGGUUCCAUUGCAAUAAAAGACUUCAAUGCAAAUACAAAAUUACAAAGAAAAGAAAUACAAACACUCAAAUCAGUGGUAUUAGAAGAUGAUCACGAUAUGUGUGAUGGCAGCAAAAAUAACCAGCCAUUGGUUGCAGCAAACAGGAAGAAACGUGCAAGCAAUGAAACGGAAGAUGCAACCCACUCCCAUGGUCGUGCAGCAUCAUCUGCCGCUCCUGAAGUCUCUGAGGCUUCUGUUGUCACUGCUAUCGUUUCUGCAGCCGUUGUUGCUGCGGCUACUCCCACUGCUGCAGCCGCUGCUGCCUCUGCUGCUGUAGCUGCAGUUACUGCUGCUGCUGCCCCUGCUGCUGCUGCUGCUUCUGCAACUGUUAAUGCUCUCGCUGCUGUUGCUCCUGGUGCUUCACCUGACAGUUCUGCUGUUCCUGUUGCUGCUGCGACUGAUGCUGCUGCUGCAGACACUGCCGCCGCCGCCGCCGCCGCCGCCGCCCUGCCGGUGCUGCUGCUAUCGGUCCUGCUGCAGCAGCUGCCCACAGGGCUUCUGUUGUCACUGCUAUAG